AUGUCAACCUUUCCAGAUAUUACCAUCACCGGUAUCGAAACUCGUGAUAUUCGUUUCCCAACAACCCUUGAAAAAAUCGGUUCUGAUGCCGUCAACGUUGGGGACUAUUCCGCCGCGUACGCCAUCGUUAAAACUUCAGACCCAAACCUUACCGGUUACGGUAUGACUUUCACCGACGGUAAGGGCCAAAACCUCAUUUGCGAAGCCAUCAAAAUCUUAGGUGAGCGUAUUCAAGGAAGAUCUUUCGAGUCUCUUUUCUCCAACUUUGGUGCCACUUGGAGACACUUGAUCUCUGACAAACAGUUCAGAUGGUUAGGUCCAGAAAGAGGUCUCACCCAUAUGGCUUUGGGGGCCCUCGUCAACGCAUUGUUUGAUCUAUGGGCUCGUUACCUCAAGAAGCCAGUUUGGCAGAUGAUUGCUGAUUUUUCCCCUGAAGAAAUUGUGAGAUUGAUCGAUUUCCGUUACAUUACCGAUGCAUUGACCCCGGCUGAAGCCAUCGAGAUCUUGGAAAAUGCCAAACAUGGUAAAAAACAACGUUUGCAAGACGUCCUUGAAAACAACGCGGUUCCCGCUUACACCACUUCUGCCGGUUGGUUAGGUUAUUCCGAUGAAAAAGCCGAGCGUUUACUUCAUCAAACUAUCGAAGAAGGCUACACCUAUUUCAAAUUCAAGGUCGGUAGUAACUUGGACGACGAUAAACGUCGUCUUGCCCUUGCCCGUAAAGUCUUGGGUUAUGACAAAGGUAACACUUUAAUGGUCGAUGCUAACCAAGCUUGGUCAGUUCCUGAAGCUAUUGAAUGGAUGAAGGCUUUGAAAGAAUACAGACCAUGGUUCAUUGAAGAACCAACUUCUCCAGAUGAUAUCUUGGGUCAUAAAGCAGUUCGCGAUGCUCUCAAGGACACCGGCAUUAAGGUUGCCACUGGUGAAAUGUGUCAAAAUAGAAUGGUUUUCAAGCAAAUGUUCCAAUGCGGGGCCAUCGAUUAUGCCCAAAUAGACGCUUGUCGUGUAGGUGGUCUUAAUGAAGUCCUUGCGAUCUUGCUUAUGGCUAAGAAGUUCAAUGUUCAAGUGGUUCCUCAUUCUGGUGGGGUUGGUUUACCAGAAUACACCCAGCAUUUGUCUACUAUCAACUAUUUGUUGAUCAGUGGUGAAAAAUCCAUUUUGGAAUACGUCGACCACUUGCAUGAACACAUCAAAUACCCAUCUAUUGUCAAGAAAGGUUACUAUCAAACUCCUAAAGAUCCUGGUUACUCUGUAGAGUUUUACGAAAAAUCUAUCGAAGAAUUUGUUUUUCCUAAUGGUACUUGGUGGCAAUCUGAAGCCGGAAAGAAGUUGUAUACCGAGACCCAGGAUAAUGAUGUCAAUGAGCCAAUUUUAAAGGAUAUCAAGUUCUAA